AUGGAAUCAGUGGAUGCUUUCAACUCUUGUAUUGAGGAUAUUGGCUCAUGUGACUUGAGAUGGUCUGGCCCAAAGUAUACCUGGAACAACAAAAGAUCUGGUACUGCCCGCAUUGCUUGCAAGCUUGACAGAAUCCUUGUGAAUGAAGCUUGGCUCUCCACCUUCCCUUCAUCCCAUGCCACAUUUGAUAAUCCGGGUAUUUCUAAUCACUGCCCCAUCUCUUUAUUCAUUCAGCCUUACAUUUCUUUUGGUCCAAAACCCUUCAAAUAUUUUUAUAGGUGGUCCUCUCAUCCCUCCUUCCUUCCUACUGUUAAAGAAGCUUGGAAGAAGCAAGUCCAAGCUUUCUCUUCCCCCCUUACUGCCAUUGCUAGAAAACUAAAGAAUGUCCAAUGUUCCCUCAAGGAUUGGAACUCUCUACACUUUGGAAACAUCUCCCAACAUGUGAUUGACUGCGGGGACAAGCUCUCAUCCAUUCAAAGUAGGCUUCAAUCUGAUCAUUUAAAUAUUUCUUUGGUGGAAGAAGAAAAAGAGACAGCAUCAGAGCUCACAAUCCUCCUCUCUCAAGAAGAAAGCUUUGCCAGGCAGAAAGCUAGAAUAAAGUGGUUGGAUUUGGGGGAUUCUAACACUACUUACUUCAACCGAUCUAUGAAGUCCAAAACAAACAUCAGCUCCAUCCAGCAACUUACAAAUUCUGAGGGCACCCUUGUUCACAGAGUAAAGGACAUCAAAGAUCUAGCUGCAAAUUACUUCAAGAGCAUCUUUAAUGACCCUUCUCGAAUGGCUGGGUCAUUCCCUGAUCAUCUCCUCAACAAAUUCAUCCCAAGUGAAUACAUCUCCUCUUUGCAUGUCUUUCCUACUGAUGAGGAAAUAGUGGCAGCCAUUCGUUCUCUUAAAACUAACACAGCUCCGGGGCCCGAUGGUUUCAGCUUGGGGUUCUUCUUUGCUGCUUGGGAUAUUGUAAAGGAGGACCUUAAGCUAUCAAAAGCUUUUUUCUCAAUGCUAGUCAAGCUAAAGGAGUGA